UGCGCUGCUGCACCGAACCAGCGACGAGGAGUCAUUUCAAAACCCUGAAGGAAAACCAAAUGUUGGACAAACGCAGGAUCAACUCCACGACGAUGAAAUGUGUGAGUUUAACUUCGAGGUGAAUCUGAAGCUUUGCGGGGUCUCCAACCGCAGCUGAACACGUGGAUCUGCUGACGCUGGAUUCCCUGCUCACCUCCACCAAGUGUCAGCCUCUGCCUCCACUGUGAAGAUGAUCAACCAUCAGAUAUACCUCCACUACAACUACACAGGGAAGCUGGCCAACCGGCCCAGCAUCGGCAACAGCCCGGGCACCAUGGACGCCAAAACCAUCGCGUUCUUGGUCGUAUGCAGCUUCAUCGUCCUGGAGAACCUCACCGUGCUGGUGGCCAUAUGGAGGAAUCACAGGUUCCACAACCGCAUGUACUACUUCAUCGGCAACUUGGCCCUGUGCGACCUGCUGGCUGGCGUCGCCUACCUGGUGAACCUGCUGCUGUCUGGAGAGAAGACCCUGCAGCUCUCGCCCGCCCUCUGGUUUGUCAGGGAGGGCAGCAUGUUCGUGGCACUGGGUGCAUCCAUCUUCAGCCUCCUGGCCAUCGCUAUAGAGAGACACCUGACUAUGAUUAAAAUGAGGCCAUAUGACGCCAACAAGAACUACAGAGUGUUUCUGCUCAUCGGGACCUGCUGGCUGAUUGCCAUAUCUCUGGGAGCGUUGCCUAUUCUGGGCUGGAACUGUCUGGAUAACCUCCCUGACUGCUCCACAGUCCUCCCUCUCUACACCAAGAAAUAUGUCGCUUUCUGCAUCACCGUCUUCAUGGUGUUGCUCUUGGCCAUGUCAGUGCUUUACGCCCGAAUCUACAUCCUGGUGAAGUCCAGUAGCCGAAAGGUGAGCAAGCACAGCAACUCAGAGCAUGCCAUGUCCCUGCUGCGCACUGUCAUUAUCGUGGUUGGGGUCUUCAUCGCCUGCUGGACGCCCAUCUUCGUCCUGCUCCUGGUGGAUGUGGCGUGCGAGCAGCGCUGCCCCAUCCUCUACCAUGCUGACUGGUUCAUCGCGGUGGCUGUGAUCAACUCGGCCAUGAACCCGGUGAUUUACACUCUGGCUAGCCGAGAGAUGAGACGGGCCUUCCUGGGUCUGGUGUGUGGCGUGUGCUACAGGAGGGAGGCGUCUACGAAUGGCAGCGGGAACAGGCAGUCGCUGGAGCCCAGCCACAGCAGGAGCAAGUCAUGGAGCAGCCAGAACAACCCCAACCAGAACCAGCAGGGCUCCCGACAAUCGGAGGUGGAGAAGGAGCAGGAGACGGACAGGGCCCACGGCGAGGUCUCAGUGGUGGCAGGAGGGGCCACCCAGGCUGUGCAUGAUGGGGAAAAACUAAAAGAAGGGAGCCAGUAGAGGGUAAGGGUGGUCCUGACACAGGCUGGUGGGCCUGAGCAGUGGUCACAGUGGACAGAAGUGAUGAUGAAAAUGGAAAAGUGUUCUGACUGAUCUGGAAUAAAGGAUUUCUUGAAGGAAGGAAGGACUUGAGGCGUCGCUGCAGGGCAGCAGCUCCUCCUUUGUGCUUAACAUUGAUAUAUCUGCAUCAUCCAUUAUCUGAAAACUCAUUGAAAUGUUAGAUUGAUCUGUGAAGCCAACACUGUGUCAAGCACAGGUCAUAUUUCAUCACUAUUGCAUGGGACUUGUGUAUAGUAGUUAUUUACGCAACAGACAAAUCACACAUUUAAUUUUUUCAAACUUGAAUCGUCACAAAGAUAAAAGUUCUUUUCUGAGUUCAUGCAAAGUUGACAGUGUUGUGAUAUGUUUUUUUCACAGGGCAAAUUAAUGGUGCUCUAAUAAACACAUUUGCCUCUGUGGUUACACGUGUGACCAUAAGACAACUGCAGUUAUUCAAAUGAAAGUGCAAUAUAGUAGUAUUAUAGUCCUGCAAAAACAAUGUUAUGAAGAAUGAUUGUAGACAGUAUUACAGUGUAGUGAUAAGCAGUAUUUAUUAUUCUAUGCAGUCAUUUACUCAGUAAUACUACUGUGCAGUUGCUGUAAUCAAAGCUGCAUCGUAAAUAGUAUAUGAGUUAAAAACACAUGUUGAAUAUCUUUUAUCAUUAUUAUUAUAUCAGUGGCAUCGUGUUUAAAUGACCUGCAUUAGCUGUGCAGAGAACUGAUGCAGCUCAUUAAACAGCAGUGGUUUUUAGAGAUCGCAGAGCGCCAUCUCCUGGUUAGUGAUAGUAGUCCUCAGCGCUCAAUAAGCUGCAUGCUCAGUGUUGGAUAUCUUCAAUCCUCAUUUUAGUAACAAAGCUUUAACCGCUUCGAUUGUCUUUGUGUUAUUUCAUCUUAUUCCAGAGAUGGAAAUGUUUGAUAUCAACGAUAAAAGCAUGAAGCAGAAAACAAGAAGUGUUCGGGAAGCAUGUGAAUGCUGCAUGUGGAUUAUAGAAUUAGAUGCAACGGUUUUUAUGGUGCAGUAAAUAUGACUUUAACAUGGUAAAGAAAGAAAACUAAAUAUACUGCAGGAUAAUUCACCUUGAUCACCUCAUGUGGACAGUAGAGGGCGCAGUUCUACCAUGUUUGAGCACAUGCAUGCAAUUGAUCAACUUAAAGGUUUAUCUAAACUGAUUUAUCAUACUACAAAUAAACUUUUCACUUACUUUUAAUGGUAUCUUCC